UCAAAGCUCAGCCGUACCCAGCUAUCCUUUGUGAUGAAGGAGUCAUUCGUGACAUUGAUGAGUCAAGGUGAAAAGUUUGAAGGUGGUGUGUUAAAAGUGGAACCUAUUGUGGAAAGUAUUGUAGAGGGUGGAGUUUAUCAGUUAUCGAACUUCCUUAUUAUUCACAAUACUGGUGCACAACGUUUUACAAGUCAUGGAUACAGGCUGAUUUUGGAUAGUAGAAGCUCAAUCGUUCCAGCUGAAGAUGAUCGAAUUCCUGCGCAUGGGUGGUCUUUCUUUCACAUUGAGAAUGUGAUGAUAGUUGGAGAUAAAUUUGGUUAUUUAGUGGAUGUCAUUGGAGUGCUAUCAGCUGCAUCAAAGGGGAAACUUUUGAUUAAAAAUAACAGAGUUUACAAGAUGAUGGUUAUUGAGUUAUUUGAUUUAAGUGGCAAGUGUAAUUGUGUGGUGAUUGGGGAUGCUGUUGAUAAGACUGCUGAAUACUUGAGUUUGGAUUGGUUAAAUAGGCCUAUUAUUGGUUUGCGGUAUGUUGAUGUAAGAAAGGUUGAUGGAAAAACUGUGAUUAAUUGUAUCCCUAAUUUCUCUAAGAUUUACAUCAAUCAUAAUUACGAAGAAGAUUGGGUAAUUGGUGAUAGAUUUGCUGGUGUUAAAUGCGCCGUUCCGGUUGAUUGUAUUGCAAGAUCCGAUUCUAUUGGGGAUAUUAAACAUGACAUGCUUAAUUCUCAUGCAAAGACAUGUAUUGCUGAAUUAUUAAACAUUGAAGAGCGAGGUGUUGCAGUUGUUAAAGCUUGUAUUAAUGCCUUUAUCAAUGACUGUCCAUGGUUCUAUAAUUCUUGUUGGUGUCACAUGGAAGUUGAAGUUGAUAAUGAUGUUUUUAGAUGUAACCGUUGCUUUCGAGAUAUUGCUAAAACAAUUCGCAGAUAUCGGAUUAAGCUGGAGGUUUUUGAUGGCUAUGAUAACACAAUAUUUAUGCUUAAUGAUUCUCAAGUAAAUCAAAUUGUGGGAAUCCAAUGUGAAGAAUUGCUUAGUUUGACUCAGGAUCAACCACUUGGUAGGUAUCCGAUUCAACUUGUGGAAACAAUGCUUAGCAAAGAAUUUCUUUUCAAAGUUGUCACUGGUGGUGGUACUACCUAUUAUGGUGAAAAGGUGUUCGAGGUCAUUAGGAUUUGUGAAGAUGUUGGUGUCAUAUCUUUGUUCAAUUUAGGUGGUUCACUUGUCACACCCUUGAAGGCUAAGUUCACCCCGCCUUUUACGAAGCUUGAGGACAUUUCUGAUGGUGCUCUUAGAAAACACACAGAGGGACCAAUGGUGGAGGGAAGCAUACAAGAUGCUGAUGUUAGUAAUGUUGGGGCAUUGCAUUUGUCAAGUUAUGGUUCUGGUUCCAGUCAUACAUCCAUUAAUCAAGUUAUUCUUAAUCGACCAAUCAAAAGGAAAUUGUUUCAAGAAUUUGAAGAUUCAGCUGAAGAAUGUGAUCAGCUACUUCAACCUGUUCAAGAGCGUGUGCGCUUUAAAAUGUUCCGGAAGCAUCAAUUUUAUUCGAGAGGAGAAUGUAGUAAAACUAAUUGUGCUGAGUCUGAUGUUAAAAGUGGUGAUCAAGUAUCUGAAGAUUUUGAUGAUGAAGAUUCUAAGAAUUGCGAUGUUAAUUUAAAGGAAGAGGAAAUAGACAUGAAUUUGAAGUCUGGUUUUUCUGUUGUUGCUGAACCUGUUAACAAAGUUUGUGAUGACUGUGAAAUUCCAACAAUGCUGAAUGUUGGUGAAGGUUUGCAAAGUUUAGGUAAGAACUUGAGGCAUAUUGAAAUUGUUGAUUUGACGCUCUUGGAUGAUGAAGGGGAAGAUAUCUGUGUAGAAGAUGUUUGUAUGAAGGAAUGCAUUGAUCUUUCUGAGUCAGAAAUGAGUGAUAACUUUGUUAUUUUAGUUGAAGAGGAGCAUGAAGAUGGGGAGUGCAUUGAGGUUGUUUAUUUGUCUGACUAAUUGUGUUAAGUGUAUUUCUGUUGUUACAUUUUGAUGCUUUUGAAUAUUUUGUUCGUUGUUAUUAGUCCAUGUGUUGGUAGUAUUUAUGUAGUGAUUGUUGUUGAAGCUCACUUGCAUCUUGGUUCUAAAAGACUGUACUACCUGUUUUAGGCUAUUUUGUGAAGUAUUAUGUGUCCAAGGCUUAUGUAAUUCCAUAGUUAUCAAUGUUCAGUUUCAUCAUUUUGUAAGACGAAAAAUGUUAUAUUAUAUUAUUCAGCCUUGGUAAAUUGGAAGCA